AUGGCCGUCUGUGUAGCAGUUAUUGGCAAAGAUAACUCACCGCUGUACAUAGGCGGUGUCGGCAAUGAUACAAGCUCAGACAAUGAGUUAUCUCGGCAAUGGCUGGUGCACACAGCACUGGACGCGCUGGAAGAACGUCUUGCGACCACUAAUACAAACAACACCGGUACUAAUUCUAACGCCGCGCGCACUGAUCUAAGGGAUUUAUAUCUUGGACUGUUAUACUCAACGGAUACUCAUAAGAUUUACGGCUACGUCACAAAUACACGCAUCAAACUGGUGUUAGUGACAAGUUCCACGUCUCCCAGCGGCAGUAACAUCAGAGAUGCCGAAGUGAGAACUGCGCUCAGGAGACUUCAUGCACUGUAUGCUGAUGCUAUUUGUAACCCAUUCCAUCUUCCAGGAGAUCAGAUUACAUCACCAAAAUUUGAUAAGCAAGUGAAGAAUAUAAUGCUCAACAACGUCGGCAGUAACAUCAGAGAUGCCGAAGUGAGAACUGCGCUCAGGAGACUUCAUGCACUGUAUGCUGAUGCUAUUUGUAACCCAUUCCAUCUUCCAGGAGAUCAGAUUACAUCACCAAAAUUUGAUAAGCAAGUGAAGAAUAUAAUGCUCAACAACGUGUAA